AUGAGAUCAUAUAUCACUGUGUUGAUUGAGAGAGAGGGCAGUGUUGCAACAGCAGUGAAAGAGGCAGGAAAAGAACUGAACACAGACAAAUCAACUGGCAGAAGAGAUGACAUCUCACUGCAAGGCACAGCAACUACUGCCGCGGCUGUAAGAGAUGCAGAAGAGAGAGAAAAUGUGAUAAUGAGAGUAAUACUUCUGCAGCUCAUUGAUGCUGCUGCCUCUGCCUUCAACCUGGCUUUCUUAACAGUCAUGAAGGCUGCAGCCACAUCAUAA